GCUAUGCAUCUCCCUGCAAUUCUGUUUUGUGCUCUCUGGAGUGCAGCGUCUGCAGAGAACUCGGAGGAUUAUGAGCUCAUGUAUGUGAAUUUGGACAACGAAAUAGACAAUGGAAUCCAUUCCACUGAAGACCCCACGCCGUGCGACUGCCGUCCGGAGCACUCUGAGUGGGACAAGCUCUUCAUCAUGCUGGAGAACUCUCAGAUGAGAGAGGGCAUGCUGCUGCAGGCCAUGGACGAAGUCCUCCGGGGCGAGCUGCAGAGACUGCGGACUGAGUUGGGCCGGCUAGCGAGCAGCUUGUCGAGGCCGAGCGCUCCAGCGGCCCCAGCGGAUACCAGGCUGGCGCGGGCGCUGGACGAGCUGCUGCAAACAAGCCGGGACGCCAGCCACAGGCUGGCGCGCUUGGAGGGUGCCGCCGCACAGCGGCCGGAGCAGGCGGGGCGCGCACUGAGUCUGGCGCUCGCAGAGCUGCAGCAGACAAGAGCUGAUCUCCGAGCUCUACGUGACUGGGCGGCUGGGCGUUGGCUGCCCGCAGGCUGUGAAACAGCGAUUUUAUUCCCGAUGCGUUCCAAGAAGAUUUUUGGAAGCGUGCAUCCAAUGACACCAAUGAAGCUUGAGUCUUUUAGUGCAUGCCUUUGGGUCAAAGCCACAGAUAUUUUAAACAAAACCAUUCUGUUUUCCUAUGGCACCAAGAGGAAUCCAUAUGAGAUCCAGCUGUACCUCAGCUAUCAGACCACAGUACUUGUGGUGGGUGGAGACGAGAACAAACUGGUUGCUGAUACUUUGAUUUCCCUAGGAAGGUGGACCCAUCUGUGUGGCACCUGGAAUUCAGAGAUAGGGCGCUUGUCCCUGUGGGUAAAUGGAGAACUGGCAGCUACCACUGUCAAGAUAGCCCCAGGUCACGUAGUUCCUGAGGGAGGAAUCCUGCAGAUAGGCCAAGAAAAGAACGGCUGUUGUGUGGGCGGUGGCUUUGAUGAAACCUUAGCCUUUUCUGGAAGACUCACUGGCUUCAAUAUUUGGGAUCAUGUUCUCAGCCAUGAAGAGAUAAGAGAGGCUGGAGGGGAGGAGUCUUGUCACAUCCGGGGAAAUGUUGUUGGGUGGGGAGUCACAGAGAUCCAGCCACAUGGAGGAGCUCAGUACAUCUUGUAAUGAUUGUGAAACUCGACUUGAAGCCAAAGAAAGAAACUUAUGUUUUAAAUAUAUGCCAUUUGGGAAGGUCUAAAAACCUCAAUGCAUAAUAAGAACACUUGAGACUAAUGAAGGGGAAGAGUUGAGAUGAUCUUUAUUUAUCUUGGCAAAAUACUGAAUAAGCAGUUGAAGGGAAAAUAUUGGAGAAGGCUUUGGGGAUAUUGUUACUAGACUUUAUGUCAUGGUGCUUUCAAAUUAAAGCUGUCUCCUUGUCACAUAGAUUCAAAUAAUUAAAAAGGACUGUAUUUUUUUAACAGAAGAACAAUUGUUUUAUUUUGCUUUGGUUAAUUUUGUUUGGGCCAGAGAUGAAUUGUACAUUGGAAGAAUAACAAAAUAACAUUUGUUGUUCAAUAUUCAUUUUUAUUGUUAUGUAUCUUAUCAUAAAAAAAUGAUAAAACAUAUUUAUACUACACUGUGACUUAACAAAUAUAAUUGUAGUUUACAUGUUAUAAUCGAAUGUUGUUGUUUUUUGGGGGGAGAUAGUUGUAUAAGUUAUAUUGUAAAAUGGUUUUGUAUUAAUUUUAUUAAAACUAUUUUUUAAAGCUCUACUGUAAAUAAAAUGUUUUAUACAACUA